UAGCGGGAUCCGAGGAGCGGACCGUCAGCCCUCGGGGCACCGAGCACGCCGCCUGCCGAAGCCUGGCUAAGCUGUCACCGCAGCCCCGCGGGUGGCCGGCCAACCCAGCGACGGUACGACGUCAAAACCCCAAGGCUGCUCUGGAUCGCAUCAGCAUCCUGGGAGAAGGCGACCGGCUCGCUGCGCCGCCCCCGUGGUCCCUUUACCUCGAGAAGCCAGCAGCCCAAGGCCGAGCGAACGCCGAGACAGCCCGGGUCCAAGCGCUCGGAGGACAAGACCCUCAGCCCCGCGGGGCUUUGCGCGCACACCACCCCCCCCGUCCGCCCAAACGCCUCUGGGAGAUGUAGUCCGUCCGGGUGCCCGAAACGCGCUCCGCGGGCCAGCGGGACCACAGUGCCCGGCGUGCACCGCGCGGGCGCCGCAGGCGGGGGCAGGGAGGGGACUGCGCGGUACGAGGUCUCACCAGUCCCCGCAUUGGCCGCGAGUACCCAGUCCUGCUCCCAGGAGUCUCCGCGGGAAGCCGUCUAGAAUGGUCGAGGCGACUCACCGUCGCCGCGGCGGCCGCGGCGGCCGCAGCAGCAAGAACAGCCGCCUCCGCAGCUCGCAGUGGCGCGUCUGUCAGAAGGAGGCGGGUAGACUUUGGAGCAGGGCCGAGGCCCGUGGCGUCACAGCGAGGGGUGGAACCAUGCGGUCAGAGGAGGGGCCAUGAGGAGCCUGUGUGCAUUUACCUAAAGCUGAGCAGAGAAGUAAUGUGCUAGGAGUUGCAGAGCCAGCGGCCGGCAGACCCAGCUCCUGUGACCCUGGACUGAUUCCUCACCACCCACACUGCUCUCCAGAGGCGGCGCUAGCCAGCACGAACGAGGUGAGGGAGGAAGCUGUCAGACUCAGGCCCUCACGUUGCACAGGACAGGAGGGGAGCCUGCCACCCCUGCAGAAUCCACAUGAUUGGAUGAUUGAUUUGUUUGAAUUGUUGCAGAUUCUCAGACCUUUGACACAGAAAAGAGCAGCUACAGCAUGAUGCAUUUUCACAAACCGAACACUCUGUUGUACCCACCUCCCAGCAACCUGCCUCAUGCUCCCUUCCAAGCAUGAGGUCACCCCGGGGUCACCACACUCCUGACGUCUAGCAACAAAGAUUAGUUUUCUCCCUUUUUGUAAUUUUUACAGAAAUGGAAUCAUAUAGUAUGAGUUCUUUUGUAUAUGACUUCUUUGGCUCAAUCUUACACCUACGAAAGUCAUCCAGGGACUUCCCUAGCUGUCCAGUGGUUAAGGCUCUGCGCUCCCAAUGCAGGGGGCAUGGGUUCGAUCCCUGGUCAGGGAACUAAGAUCCCACAUGUUGCGUGGCACAGCCUAAAAAAUAAAAAAAAAAUUUUUAAUUUUAAAAAAGAAAGGAAUCCACAUGGUUGUAUAUAGUUGUCAGUGUUCAUUCUCAUUGUCAUGUGAUAGUCCAUUUUGUGAACAGACCACAGUUUGUCUGUUUUGCUGUUCAUGGGCAUCUGGGUAAUUCCCAGGUAGGAAUUUUUAGCUAUUCUGAUAUUGCUGUCACAGACUUUCUGGUGUAUGGCAUGAGCAUAUUUCUGUCAGGUGCCCUCCAAGGGGUGGAGUGGCUGGGUCACAGGGUGCUCCUAUGUUCAGCUUUGUAGACCGUGCCACAAAGUUUCCCAAUGUGCUUCUGCCAACUCACACUCCACCAAAGCAUAUGAGAGUUCUGUAGUCGCAUCCUUGCCAACACUUGGUAUUACCAAACCUUCAAAUCUAAAUGCUGAAUGAUUCUAAAUGGAAACAUGAACGAUUUCAAUGUUAACAUUUCUCUAUCAUUAAUAUGGCCCAUGAGAGUUAACAACUCCUUUGCACCUGUCAUCCAGUUUAGCAAACAUUUACUGAGUCCUUCCUAUGUGCUGGGCUGUGUGUUCUGGGGACAGAGACACAGAGAAGGAGGAGAAAGGUCUCUGUCAAAGGAACCCCAGGAACUCCCUCUCUUCAGGUCUCAGCUCAGAUGUCACCUCUGCAAACAGGCCUCCCUGAGCACCUACCCCCAUUAUCUCAUUGCCUGCUUCACUUUCUUCAUAGCACAUCCAUCAUCUGUUACCUUAUUUAUCUGUUUACUUAUUGCUGUCUUCAUGAGGGCAGGAAUCUUGUCUUUUUGGUGUUCUCCAGCCCUGGGAAUAGUUUCUGGCACAUAGUUGACUUUCAGUAAAUAUUAUUUAUUGAAAGAAAUGGUUGAAUGAAUGAUUGAAUAAGUGAUUGGCAGAAUGAGAGCUGAGAUCUUAGAUUCAAGUCCUGGCCCUGCCACUUAUUAGCUAUGUGUGACCUUUAGUAAAUUAAGUUUUCUGAUCCUCUUUUCCUCAUCUAUAAAACAGAAGUGCUUUGAACUGGCAGAAGAAAGAACUAGUGAGCUUGAAGCUAGAUCGAUAGAGAUUUGUAUCUAUACAAUCUGAAAAAUAGAAAAUAAAAUGAAAAUUGAACAGAGCCUCAGAGAAAUGUGCACCAACAUACAUGUAAUGAAAGUAUCAGAAGGAGAGGAGAGAGAGAAAGGAACAGGAAAGAUAGUCAAAGAAAUAAUGCCUGAAAACUUCCCAAAUAUACUUUAAAAAAAAAAACAUUAGGGACUUCCCUGGUGGUGCAGUGGUUAAGAAUCCACCUGCCAGUGCAGGGGAUACAUGUUUGAGCCCUGGUCCAGGAAGAUCCCACAUGCUGCGGAGCAACUAAGCCUGUGUGCCACAACUACUGAGCCUGCGUGCUACAACUACUGAAGUCCACGCACCUAGAGCCUGUGCUCCACAACAAAAGAAGCCACCACAAUGAGAAGCCUGUGCACCGCAACGAAGAGUAGCCCCCGCUCGCUGCAACUAGGGAAAGCCUAUGCACAGCAACAAAGACCCAAUGCAGCUAAAAACAAAAUAAUAAAUAAAAAAAAGAAAAAAGAGGUGAGAAGGUAUCCAGCCAUGCACCCUGUAGACCACGUCAAGUGCUUUGGUCUUUGUCCUAAGCACGGGGCUGCAGGGCUGGCCGUGGACAAGGAGGGAAGUAGAUGGAAUUUGGAGAUAUUUAGGAAGAAAAGUCAGUAGGGACUGAUGAAGGCUGUGAUGUGGAUGAUUGCUGGGAGUAAGGCAUCUAGAAGAUCCCUGGGCAUCUCUCACGAGUCCCUGGAAACCUGUGGUCUGAGGUCUUUUUAAGGGAGCUGGACAGUGCCUUGUCUGGGUCCCAGUACAAAUGUAAACUUAUAUUUUAUCCCUCCCCCUGGAGAAAUGUGGGCCCUGCAGCUCCUACUCCCACCUGGACACGCUCUCCUGAGAGGUGGGCAUCAAGGAACCCAACAAGUGCAGGCUCUAAUUGGCUGUAGCCUCCCCAGAACACCCAGCUGCCCCUUACCACUUGUAAGGGUUCUGUUUGCAUUUUCCUUUCGUUUAGCCAGCCUCACAAAUGAGCAUUUCGGACUGGUUGGAGGUUCUUGGGUGCAAGCAACAGAAACUGACUCAGGUUACCUGAGCAGAAAAAGACUUGAUUGGAAGGUCACAGUAGCUCACAGAAUUAUGUUCCUGGCUGGGAAACCCAGCUUGGAUGGGAACCAGGAAGCUGGGCCUGGCCAAGAUGCCACCCCAGACAGCCUGGCAGGGAAGCUUAGUGCGCCAUUACCCAGUGAUCUAGUCACUGGACCUUCAACUGCACUGCUCUCGUCCUGAAAAUUCCCUUCCCUUUCCAUCUGCCCUUCAUCCUAGUGAGAUAAGGAUGGGAUGAGAAAGCUGAGGCUCAGGGAGGUAAGUAGCCUCCCUGAGAUCAGGUAUCUUGCCCAACAUGGUAAGAAGGGGCUGAGUCACUGCAAUUCCACAGACCAUCCCAGACUAAUGCUUACCCCACAGCCCCACAGCUUCCUGUGGGUUAGUCCAGAGCUGAUUUGUGUUGAAACAGGUUCUUAAAAAUAUCGGUCUCGAAAUUCAGAACCAGGGACAGCAGUUGCCUUGUUGAAUUUUCACAUCUAACUACAAACGAGUCCUUGGUGGGGAGGGUGGAAUCUUCAGCUUCUUCUUGUUCUUUUUUUUUUUUUUUUUUGGCCAUACCGCGUGGCUUGCGGGAUCUUCUCAGUUCUCCAUCCAGGAAUUGAACCUGGGCCACGGCAGUGACAGCCCAAAUCCUAACCACUAGCCCACCAAGGAACUCCCAGACCUUCAACUUUUGAGGAGUGGACAGGUCGCCUGCACCUGCUGUGAGAUCCCUCACCUCUACCCCCACCCUGGAUGAGCAGAAAGUCCAGAUACUGGGCAGCCAGAAAGUGCAGACAUUCACCACAAGCUCUAAUCCUCCACCAGCUGCCUGAGCCUUCCACCUCUCAGUUCUUCCCAGAGCAAGAGAGGAAAGGUUGCCUGGUUAUCAUUCUUAGCUACUUAUCCAGCGAGAAAAAUGGUUUGUCUGGGUGAAGCAGAAGAAUGGCACUUUACAGAACUGAUUUAAUCGUUGACCUCAAUUUAUUUGGGAGGAAAAAAAAUGCUACUGCUUGUUUCCAAUCAUGUUAAUUGGCUUCUGGCUCUGACCAGCCAUUCAAAGAAGUUCCCAGUGACAAGUUUGUCCUGAAAUUUUCUGAAUUAGGGUUCUGCCAUCAGAACUGAGUGGUGCCAGCUCACAGCUGCUCUCUGCCGACCUAAGGACAGGGUCCCUCCCCAGCGACAGCAGGCCCUCCAGGAAGCUGGGAAAACCCUGUGAGGUGACCUCUUCCAUACAAGCAGCCAGCUCUUUGGGUCUUUCAUUUUUAUAACAUACAUUUUAUUUUAAGACCUAAAGUGACACAAUUUAAAAAAAAUUUUUUUGAAGUAUAGUUGAUUUACAAUGUGUUAAUUUCUGCUGUACAGCAAAGUGUUCAGUUAUACAUAUAUAUAUAUUCUUUUUCAUAUUCUUUUGCAUUAUGGAUAAUCACAGGAUAUUGAAUAUAGUUCCCUGUGCUAUAUAUCCUAUAUAUAAUAGUUUGCAUCUGCUAAUCCAAAACUCCCAGUCCUUCCCUCCCCCACCCCCCCUUGGCAACCACGAGUUUGUUCUCUAUAUCUGUGAGUCUGUUUCUGUCUUGUAGAUAAGUUAAUUUGUGUCAUAUUUUACGUUCCACAUAUAAGUGAUAUCAUAUAGUAUUUGUCUUUCUCUUUCCGACUUACUUCACCUAGUAUGAUAGUCUCUAGGUCCAUCCACGUUGAUGCAAAUGGCAUUAUUUCAUUCUUUUUUAUGGCUGAGUAGUAUUCCAUUGUAUAUAUAGACUACAUCUUCUUUACCCAUUCCUCUGUCGAUGGACAUGUAGGUUGUUUCCAUGUCUUGGCUAUUGUAAAUAGUGCUACUGUGAACACAGGGGUGCAUGUAUCUUUUCGAAUUAGAGUUUUGUCUGGAUGUAUGCCUAGGAGUGGGAUUGCUGGAUCAUAUGGCAACUCUUUUUUUAGUUUUUUGAGGAACCUCCAUGCUGGUUUCCAUAGUGGCUACAACAAUGUACAUUCCCACCAGCAGUGUAGGAGAGUUCUCUUUUCUCCACACCCUCUCCAGCAUUUAUUAUUUGUAGACUUUUUGAUGAUAGCCAUUCUGACUGGUGUGAGGUGGUACCUCACUGUAGUUUUGAUUUGCAUUUCUCUAAUAAUUAGCAAUGUUGAGCAUCUUUUCAUGUGCCUAUUGGCCGUCUGUGUGUUUUCUUUGGAGAAAUAUCUAUUUAGGUCUUCUGCCCAUUUUUCGAUGGGGUUGUUUGUUUUAUGUUCUUGAGUUGUAGGAACUGUUUGUAUAUUUUGUAUAAGCCCUUGUCAGUUGCAUCAUUUGCAAAUAUUUUCUCCCAGUCCAUAAGUUGUCUUUUUGUUUUGUUUAUGGUUUCCUUUGCUUUGUAAAAGCUUGUAAGUUUGAUUAGGUUCCAUUUGUUUAUUUUUCUUAUUUCUAUUGCCUUGGGAGACUGACCUAAGAAAACAUUGCUACAGUUUAUGCCAGAGAGCGUUUUGCCUACAUUCUCUUCUAGGAGUUUUAUGGUGAACGACACAAUUUUUAAAGUUUAUGGAUCCUUUCAAGUCUAACACAUUGACUUUUUUUUGCAUUUUCAUCAUCAGUGUUUCGAUUUAGCAGCAUCAAAUCACCUGUAACAUACACGGCUUUCCCAGGUCUUGCCAUUCUGCAAUGUGAAAUGAGCAAAUGCAUGUGUGUACAAGAUGCAGGCUGGUGGGACCAGGACCAGGUUAGCUGGUACAGUGCUUGGGGAGACCACUGGGUGUGAAUCCCAGGAGCUAUCUUUGGAGUAUAUGUUGGAGGCUGGCUACUCCAAUAAGCCUACUAAUGCCCAUCCUCCACUCUCAUUUUUCCCUCUUUUAUUGUAUUUUUAUAGAUUUAGUUAUUUAUUUGUUUGUUUAUGGCUGCAUUGGGUCUUUGUUGUUGGGUCUUCAUUGCUGCAAGCAGGCUUUCUCUAGUUGCGGUGAGCGGGGGCUACUCUUCGUUGUGGUGCGUGGGUUUCUCAUUGCGGUGGCUUCUCUUGUUGCAGAGCUCGGGCUCUAGGCGCGUGGGCUUCAGUAGUUGUGGCGCGUGGGCUCAGUAGUUGUGGCUCACGGGCUCUAGAGCACAGGCUCAGUAGUUGUGGCGCACAGGCUUAGGUGCUCCGCGGCAUGUGGGAUCUUCCCGGACCAGGGCUCGAACCCAUGUCCCCUGCGUUUGCAGGCGGAUUCUCAACCACUGCGCCACCAGGGAAGUCCCUUUUUUUUUUAAUUAAAAAAAAUUUUUUUUUUGGCUGCGCUGUGCAUCUUGUGGGAUCUUAGUUCUCCGACCAGGGAUUAAACCCAGGCCAUAUUAGUGAAAGUGCCAAGUCCUAACCACUGGACCACCAGGGAAUUCCCUGCCCUGUUUUAUUAUGUUUAUAACUCUUUUCACUACCUGAAGUUAUUUCUUUGUUGUAAAAUAAGUGUCCAUCUCCCCCACUAACCUGUACGCUCUGUGAGAUCAGAGACCUCCUCAGGCCUCACUGAGGUCUCCUCCAUGAUUAAGAGCAGCAUCUGGCACACAGUAGGUGCUCAAUAAAUAUUGGUUGAAGGAGAGAAUGAAGAAUCAGUGUCAGGUCCAGUGCCGGGUUCUGGGAAGUAUAUCAGCAUCUCUGUGGUGGGCUUGCAGCCCUUAUCUUGAAGGUCUGAGACCAGAUUGGGCUCUGUGAGGUGAGUUUCUUUGAGAUUGCAGGAGCUGCCAGCACCGACUGUGACGUUUCCCUAAAUGCUGGUGUCCUAGCCUCAGAGUAAGCUGGGGCCUAGUAACACUCCACUGCCCACCAGGACUCCUACAGUGGAGACUUCCCCAGACACAGGAAUGGUUUCAUAUGCCAGGCAUCCCCCCCAAAAUGACAAAGAGCCACUUUGUCAUUACACCAGCUUGCCCAGCCUGGCCCCCAGUGACUGAGAAUUGCUUCAGAUUCUGUCUCUCACAUUUCUUUGUAAGGCCUGUGGGGCGUGUAGUCUGGCCCUAUGCUCUCCCCUCCAGCCUUGCUGCUACACUAAGCAGCCCAUUUCACUCACCGCCCCUUACCUUCCCUCACCCACCUGGGCAGGUCUUGCUUCUGGUUCCGUAAUAAUACAGCGCCACAGUCCCCAGUCUGCUGGUCGGAAGUCCAAAAAGCUCCAACCACUGAAGGUUUUCUCUAAGGUCUUGUCCUUCCAGCCGAGACCACCAGGAACCCAGCUGUAGUUGAGCAAAGUUGGCCUCAUGGACUUGUUGCCAUAAGGGAGAACAUACAGCGUGCCUGUUCUGAUCACCUCCCGCUCACCCCUUGGUAGGAAGGGACCCCACCCUCAAUAGUACCACACCUGGCACUGGACAGGUGAGAUCCACGCAUAUACUCACAGCUGGGGGAAGAGGACACCGAGGGCCACCUGGUGGAAGCCUCUAGAAUCAGGACAGAAGACAGAAUUCUUGGAGUUAGGAAGCAGAGGGAACCAGCAGGGCUGUGGGUGCAGUCUUUGUAGUAAUGGGGGGUGGUUCCCACAGGAGGAUAUGAUGGAUAUGAUGGGCUUGCUUGAAUAAUUUCACAGGCUGGCAGGGAACCGAAGCCCCUCAGGAUGAGGACGGGGUGGAGUGCAGCUGGUCUGGCUGGUGGGGGAACUAGCAGGGUGGGGGGCCUUCCCUGCUGGGUGGGGGGCACCUCUGACAAGAGCAGGGGAAACCAAGGGGGCCUGUGAGACCCAAAGAUGUCAAGGCAGCAGUUGAAAUUUUAGUCUAUGGGGAGUUCCCUGGUGGUCUAGUGGUUAGAAUUCGGUGCUUUCACUGCCAGGGCCUGGGUUUAGUCCCUGGUCAGGGAACUGAGAUCCAGUAAGCCACACAGUGCACCAAAAGAAAAAGAAAAAGGAAAUUUUAGUCUAACAACACAGUGGGGAUCCCAGGGACAUCUCACAAGAGGGUUAAGGUAGAAGGACUUGUUCUGGGAUUUGGCCCUUGUCAGGCGAUGCGGGGAGCAUUCUGGGUUGGUGCUGUCAGGAAGCAGGGGUAGUUCUAUGGUAUUUUAACCAGUCUUAUCUCGAAGGCCGGAGGAAUGAAGCAAAGCUAACGGUCUAGCUGGUCGAGAAGCAGCAGUCACUCGGCUCAGCCAGGACAGGGGCCACAUGGUCAUAUUUGUAGUUUGGAUGAUGUUCUGUUCUUGUCUGAGUUCAGACAUGACUGUUACCGGCCUUGUUUGGUCUUGAGCCCAUCACAGGCAGAGCCCCCUGUCGGUUGGGGCUUCUGGGAAGUCACCUUCACUGAAGUGGACCAAGGCCCCCCCAGCUGGGCCAGUUUCCCGUCCACACUGCCUCUCUCCUCCCCUGUGCCCCUUCUAGCUGAGGGCAGACGAGGUCAGCCCUCAGGCCACUCAUCUCGAUACCCAGAACUCUGCCCUUGACAAAGCAAGCAGGUCAGGAGGUUUGUAGCUGGACUGUGUGUGAUUAGACCUCCCACUUUUGUGCAUGUGAGCUGUCCAGCCCUCUCAUGGGGCAGUCGCUGCACUUAAGGCUCUGGACAGCAGACAUCAGCCACCACAACACAGGCAGAUGUCAGAAACAAAACUGGCUGUUGGUUGUGGUACCAGAUCCUGAAGACAGAGACCUCGACUGCCAAACCCAGGCCCUGAAAACCGCCCCAGAGUCGGGCUCAUCUUUCCCUAGAGACCCCAUUGACUUUUUUUUGGAGGCCGGUCAUGAGCUGUGUACUUGACCCCAUUGACUUUUUUUUGGAGGCCAGUUAUGAGCUGUGUACUUGACCCGUGGUAUUUAUGUGGUAUUUACACUGAUGCUGCAAGAAGUGUCUGUUCCAAUACAAAUUCCUGUUGGUUAGACAAGGAGAAAUUCAGGGCUUUGGGAUCCGCUAGCAAAUUUACAUCCGCCCGGUUCAUUGGUCUUCCAUUAUGGGAAGCUGGGGUUUCCUAACUCCGAGAACUCUGUCUUCUGUCCCGAUUCUGGAGGCUUCCAAGGAGCGAGCUGCCUCUCCAUCACGCCCCCUGCACGCUUCUUGGAAGGGGUCAUUGGUCUUACAAAACUGAAGGGUUUGAAUUAAAAGGCAGCCUGUUGGUCUGUUGGAACAUUCCUCAACAAUUAACUGGGCAGCUGCUCUGCCCACCCCAGGCUCUCAGAAGCUUGCCCGCUCGCCCACGUUCUCUGGUGUCCUAGCAACCGGAAACUCAUCUGAGCUCCAGCCGGGACAGAGGCCAUUUUCUCCCUGACCACUGUGACUUGCAGGCUCCCCGGGCCCCUGAGGACCUGUCUGUACAGCUUGCGGGUCCACUGAAAGCCACCGUUUGUCCCCAUGGACUCCCAGAAGGCCAGCCCAGCCUGCCCCUAACCCCGGCAGAAUGAGCUUCUCGCUCACGUUCUCAGAGCUGGUCAACAUCGCCAUCCCACAGUGCAGGGUGGUGAACUUCAAGGCCCUGCACCUCCUACUCCAGGGUAUCCUGGAGCACAUCCACAUGGCUGACCUUGAGAAGGUCCUCUCGGCAGAUGAGGACUUCCUCCACACCUCGCCAGCCAUGUUCAUGCCCCGGGAAGGAGACUUCCAGCCCAUCCUUAACCCCAUGAAGAGGCUCAGCAACGUCUUUGACCACCUGGUGAGCCAUGUGGACAAGAUGGAGAGCCAGCUGGCCGUGCUGCAGGAACUGCCCUCCACCUCCCAGCUGCUGGAGGGCAGCCAGGGCACUGGCCAGCCCGCCCAGGACUUAUGGAACCUGAUAAAGCUCCAGAUAGUGGAGGGCAACGAGGAAGCCAUGGCCAAGUCCAUGAAGACCCUGCAGGAUGUGCUCACCGACAUUUAUGCACUCAAGGUCACUGUUGAAACCCUCAGGAAGGAUGUGGCCAUGCUGAAGGACAUGUUUGAAAAGAUGCAUCUGGAAAGAAUAGAUGCUUUCUCUGAAGAUUUGAAAGGGCAGAACUGGAAGAUGAGUGCACUGCAGUGGGAAGUGAUUUCUCUCCAGAACAAGAUAACCACCAUGCCCAAAACUGAGGACAUGGUGCUCUGGAGCAGCCUCCAUGAGGCCAUGUUCACCCUGGGAACUGCUCCACAACUGCUGGAUGAUUCCAAGCGGUGGCAGAUUGCGAAACAUGUUGCAGAGAUCGACCUUCCUCAGACGGCUGAGUACCACGAAGAAGUUAGCCACGGCCAGGUCGUGGAGGCCAUCCAGCGCCCCAGUUCCUGGAGACCAUCUGGCAUUACCAAGUCCAGGGCAGCUACAGGAGGAGGAGUCUGCCCAAGCAGCUCUGCUUCCCAGGGCCCAGGGGCCGGACCAGGCCCAAGUGCUCGAACCUGGGCCUGCACCUGGACCUGGGCCUGCGUUUGGACCUGGGCCUGCCCCUGGACUGGGGCCUGCCCCAGGUCCUCAGCCCACACAAUCAGGAUCCUGGCCUGUACCACCACGAGGCUGGCUUCCUCCCAGAGGCUUCCUCAUUUACUGCAGUCAUGGUCUCGCCAGGGAGACACAUCCAAGCUCUCAGCUCUCUCAGAAAAGGAGGAGGAAUAUUCCUCCGUGGAAGUGGGAGUCCCUCAGGAUGGAGCCCCAAGGGCUGAGGCCUCCACGGAAGUACUCCCUAAGGGAUCCCCGUCUGCGGUUCAGCAGAUAAAAUCCAAUGCUGCCAUUGCAGCUGCUGCCGCAGCCACCUUCGCAGCUGCAGCGACAUCGGCAGCCCGGGCAGCUAAAGCGGCUGCCAGGCUGGUCAAGGACACCCUGGCCACCAAAUUGGCAACAGCCGUGGCCGCAUCCGGGCCCUUAGGGGUCCUUGCAGACAUCCUGGGCACAGGGACCUCCCGUGGGGCCUUCACCGAGGACGGCGAGAUGGAAGACUUGCAAGAGGUGGACUGUGAGGACGUCCUCUCUCCUUCAUUCUCUUCUGCCCGUGUCCCUCCCAACAUGGCCCUGUCGCAGGCCAUGCUGGCUGCCGAACAGGCCAUGACCGCUGAAGACAAGAAGAAGGCCGUCAGGUGUUCCAUGAGCCACAUAGCCCAGAUGCCCAUUAGACAUGACUCCCUGAAAGAAGAGUUUGCCCAGCUGUCAUCCAACCUGCAUCAGCGUAUGACUUAUCUAGCUGAUAUGGGAGCCUCUUCCAAGCUUGGGACAACGGCGGACGUAUUGCAAGAAAAGAUUGGCAGCCUCCAGAAAUCCAGGAUGAGGGAGGAGGAACUUGAGAGAAUUUGGGGCCACCAGAUAGAGAUGAUAAAGGACCACCACCUCGUGCUGGACAGGGCAGUGGACAAGCUCCAGAUUCGCCUGGAUGAGUUUAAGGUUGUCCAUUCUCAGAUUAAAAACCUAGAAAUGUACAAGGCAGACAACAGUGUGAUGGAGCAGGAGCUGAAAGAGAAAGCCGACAGGCGCUCCCUGGCAGGCAAGGGAAGCCGGGCUGACCUGGACGCAGUGGCGAUGGAGCUGAAUGAGACGAUUCAGGGCAUGCUUUUCAGGGUUAUGGCCAAUGAGGAUGACUGGAAGAAGACUGUGGAGCAGCUGGACAAAGACCUACACACCAAGCUGGUUCCCAGUGAUUUGGACGAUCUGAAGAAAGACAUGGAUGAGGUCUGGAAAGUAGUCAGGAAGCUGCUGAUUGAAGGCUUCUGGUUUGACCCCAACAGUGCUGCCGGCUUUAGGAAGAAACUGUUUGAGCGGGUGAAAUCUGUCUCCGGCCACCGGCCCGUGAACAUGAUGACCAGCCCGCAACUCAUCACCAUCCGCAGUGCCCGCCUGCUGUCGCGGCUGCGGCCGGCCAGCGCCAACAGCUACGAGUACCUGCAGCGGCAACAGGUGAGGUGACAGCAGCUGCAGAAGCUCCAGAACCUUGCAGCCCUGGAGGGGAGCCUGGACUCGCUGGGCUCCCAGCAGGACUGGGGUGAUGGCCCCGGAAAUGAUGCCAACCUUGAUUUCAAAUCAUGUAACUUGUCAACAAUCUACCCCUACAGGGACCCUGAGUUGUUGGACUAUGAUUCCAUGAGUCAGGCCGAGGUGGACAUCCUGGGAGUGGACGGGAUCCUGUACAAGGGCCGAAUGAACAGCAAGGACAGGGCGCGGCCUCUGACCGACACAGAGAAGGAGCUGGCAGCUGUUAAGGUUCCGCAUCCCCCAGCUCGAAGCCCAUAUGAGGGUGCGCGCCCGAAUGCCUUAUUCGGUGCCAUCUACCCCUGUGAGUACCUGCCCCCCAACUCCCUGGCCCAGCUGGGAUUCUUGCAGGGUCUCUGGGCCCCCCAGUCCCAGCCUGGGGCUCUCCUACCCCACCUCAUCCAUAUCUCACCUGCCCUGCCCAGACCUGGGCCAGAGAAAAUCCCUCGAGUGGCCCCCACCUGGCACCCAGCACCCUGGCCAGGGCCUCCAGCCAUCCUGGGCUCCACCUUUACCCUUCAGCCAGGUUUCCUGGCCCAGAAGACAUCCCUGGGGUCCAAGCCAGGUGUCUGUGCCCUGGGGUCCAGCCGGCUGCAGAGCUGGGAUGAGGGAGCCUGUUCAUUCCCUCGGGCCUCUCUGCUGAGGGCCCGUGAGCCAAGUUGGGGGCAACUGAGCUCAGAUGCUGAGCAUCGGGCCAGCCUCUCUCCAGAAUAUUCCUGGGACACAUCAUGGGUCUCACCUGCCCCCCAGCAGCCUGCCCCCCCAAACCAGCAUGGGCUCAGCCACCUCAGGCCCCCAGCCGACAUGCCAGCUCAGCCUCCGUCUCUGCCUCCCCUGCCACUGCUGCCACAGCUGAUGCCAUCCCUGCAGGAUCCCCAGCCGGCCCCAGGGCCUGCCGGGCACCCAAGGCCUCUGCGCCUUGAGUCCCAAGCCGGCAUGCAGUCCACCAAGGAGCCCACCAAGCUGUGAGCCUGCAGUGCCAGCGUCGCCCCCUCCCCUGAGCAGGUGGAGACCCUGCCCUGAGCCUAGUCUGGGGAAGGUGCAGGGGCCCUGGACUUAGGGGAGGGUCUCCGUAAGGAGCUCAUUUUGAUCCAGUAGCUGUUUUAACUGUCAUAUAAAUACCUGUAAUACAAUCCUUCUCAUGCUACGUUUCAUGGAGAACACAGCUUUCUAGAUUGAAUUUCCCACUAAACCAAUUUAAUUCCUUGACCAAUUUUCAAUACAACACAAAGUGGUUUUAAAAACAAUCACUUUCCUUUUUAUUUUGCUGAAAUGAUUUUAUCAGAAUCAGUUCCAAUUACAGCUAACGCCACUGUCCAUUUUCUUUGGGGACCAUUAUUUCUACCAGGACCAAUUUUCUCAUGGGAACCAAAUUUUAUUGCGUGCAUGGUUUUUUAUUGUCUGUUGAUUGUUCCCACCAGUAAUUAGUUAUGAGUUGGAUAUUUAAAGAACCUGAUUGUUUGUAUUUACUUCUGGCUAAUCCAUGAGGCACUUGGAGCAAUGGCCCUGGAAUCCUCCAGGACCGCUCUGUCCUGUUUGGCAUCUUUCUGCCUCUUUGGUUCCCGCGCUCACUGCCUAUGCACUUGAUGGAGGGGGCGGGGGUGUCAAAGCGUCCUGAUUUGGGGUUCAGAGCCCGGCCUGCUCACGCCUGCCUGGCGGGUCCUGCAGCCUGGCGUGGUUUCUGCCCCUUGGACGGUUUACUGGUCCCUCCUUCUCCGUUUCGCGUUUUCUCCCUUUCCACCCCCUAGGUUGUCCAGUUGCGCCCUCUCCCCUUUCUGUGCUUCUGAUACUUGUAUCACAUUCCACAAAGACUAAAAAAAAAAAAAAUUUCCCUCUGAAUAGUUUUGGGGCAUGGCUCCCCCAAACAUCCACCAGAGGCUCCUGGAGCGAGUCAGGGAGUGGGGUGGGCAAGCUGCCCGGGGGUCCGCCUGGGGGAGCCAGGGUGCUGGCAUGGAGGAGGGUUCUCUGGACGGGCGGCCAAAGGAGUCCUGGAUGCUGCGUGCCUGCCCCUCCCCACCAGUUGUCCCCCAGCCCUGCCUCCCCCUCCCCCUGCUCCUCACCUGCAACCACUCCUGACUUCUCUUUUCUUUCUCCAAGGACUGUGUCCAAAUGAGGCCGAGCUCUUCCUGACCCAGGUGACCUACACCGCCUUGGGGGAUACUGGCCAGUGCAUCCCUGGCCCCACCCCCAUAUCACAGAUGAGUGUUUUUGUCAGCUUCUCCCCAG